AGCCAUUGACUUGGUUUUGUGAGAAUCUUUGUGAGAGAGAGAGAGAGAGCUGAAGGCUGCUGUCAUUCCCUCCCUCUCACAUGACACAAAAUAUUAAAACAAACACAAAAUAUUAAAACAAACACCUAAUUUUUUGACUCUAAUUCCCUUCAUUCACACACUCAGGCUUCAGAUUUGCUUUAGAGGGAAAGAGAGAGAAGCUUCACUCAAAGGGACUAAAGAAAAAGCGCCUUCCUUUACAGUAAUUUGGGGCCCAAAAUGCUAGGGUUUUGAAGGAUCAGAUUUUAGCUUCCUCAUGUGCUGGACAUGGAAUUCAAGAAGGAAAAGCUUGUCAGGUUUCAGUCAGAUGGAAAACACCAUAAAAAAUCUUUAUGGGGAAGACCUGAGCCAGUGCGGCUUGAAAAAUCAUCAUCUACAUAUAAGGUUUCAUCGUCUUCAUUACUGAAACCUGAUAAUGGACUGUUUGGGGACAGAAGUAAAUUUGCUGAAACUCUCCGAAUUGGGAGGUCUAAAGUGUUUCCAGAGGAUCAUGAGCCUUGGCGCAAGAGAAUUCUUGACCCAGGUAGUGAGAUUGUGUUGCAAUGGAACUGGGUUUUCAUUGUCUCAUGCUUGGUGGCGCUUUUUAUUGAUCCGUUAUAUUUUUACUUGCCUAUGGUGAGUGUGAAUGAUAACUCAUGGUGUAUGAAGACAGACAUGAAUUUGCGAAUUAUUGUCACUUGUCUUAGGACUGUCGCGGAUUUUUUUUAUUUGUUGCAUAUGAUUAUAAAGUUCAGAACUGCUUAUGUUGCACCAAGCUCUCGAGUAUUUGGGAGAGGUGAGCUUGUCAUGGAUCCAAAGAAGAUUGCUUGGAGGUAUAUUAGAUCUGAUUUCUUCAUUGAUCUAGUUGCCACAUUGCCUCUCCCUCAGAUGGUCAUAUGGUUUAUUAUACCUGCAACGAGAAGCUCGAGAACUGAUCAUAACAACAAUGCCCUUGCAUUAAUUGUCCUACUCCAAUAUAUUCCCAGAUUAUAUUUGAUGUUUCCAUUAAGUUCUCAAAUAAUUAAAGCAACUGGAGUGGUCACAAAGACUGCCUGGGCAGGAGCUGCAUAUAAUCUGCUAUUGUACAUGUUGGCUAGUCAUGUUUUAGGGGCAGCUUGGUAUUUACUGUCAAUUGACCGAUAUACCUCAUGCUGGAAAUCCUUUUGUAAAAAGGAAGUUACCCCAAUAAAAUGUGAUUUGCACUAUUUAGAUUGUGGUUCUUUCAACAAGAAUAAUCUGAAGGAAUGGUUCAAUGCCACAAGCGUUUUUGAUAACUGUGCUGCCAAUGAUGAAAGCAAAUUCAAUUAUGGGAUAUUUGAAAAUGCAGUGAAAAAAAGUGUUGUUUCCUCAAACUUCAUUGAAAAGUAUUUCUAUUGUUUAUGGUGGGGCUUACAAAACUUGAGUUCAUAUGGGCAAAAUUUGAUGACAAGCACUUUUAUUGGAGAGACAUCAUUUGCAAUUCUCAUAGCCAUUUUGGGUCUUGUAUUAUUUGCUCACUUGAUUGGGAAUAUGCAGACAUAUCUGCAAUCUAUGACUGUGAGGCUUGAGGAGUGGAGGCUUAAGCAAAGAGACACAGAGGAAUGGAUGAGGCAUCGCCAACUUCCUGAAGAUUUGAGAAGGCGAGUUCGACGUUUUGUUCAAUAUAAGUGGCUUGCAACUCGAGGAGUUGAUGAAGAAUCCAUCCUUCAUAGCUUACCUGCUGAUCUUCGUCGUGACAUCCAACGUCACCUAUGCCUAGAUCUGGUCCGCCGGGUACCAUUCUUUUCCCAGAUGGAUGAUCAGCUGCUCGAUGCAAUAUGCGAGCGUCUAGUUUCCUCUCUAAGCACCGCAGGCACCUACAUUGUUCGUGAGGGUGACCCUGUAACGGAGAUGCUUUUCAUUAUCAGAGGUACACUGGAUAGUUCCACUACCAACGGAGGCAGGACUGGUUUCUUCAACUCAAUCACAUUGAGACCGGGAGAUUUUUGUGGGGAGGAGCUACUUGCAUGGGCAUUGCUCCCAAAAUCCACUGUCAACUUGCCCUCUUCAACUAGAACGGUUAAAGCACUUAAUGAAGUUGAAGCUUUCGCAUUGCGAGCUGAAGAUCUCAAGUUUGUGGCCAACCAGUUUAGGCGCCUCCACAGCAAGAAGCUUCAACAUACCUUCCGGUUUUACUCCCACCAUUGGAGGACAUGGGCAGCGUGCUUCAUACAGGCUGCUUGGCGUCGGUACAAGAAGAGGAUGAUGGCGAGGGACUUAAUGAGGGAAUCAUUUGCUGCCAUGGAUGGGAAAGAGGCUUAUGAGACUGAGCAAGAGGAAGAGGAACAAUUUUCUGGUAGGUCCAAUCCUUCUAUGGCAAAAAUGAAUCUUGGGGUCACGAUUUUGGCUUCAAGGUUUGCUGCAAACACAAGGAGAGGUGUUCAGAAGCUCAAAGAUGAAAUGCCAAAAUUACGAAAACCAGAAGAACCUGAUUUUUCCACUGAGCCUGAUGAUGAGUAGUUGCUUCUUUGUAUUAAAGCUUCUAGGCGUGGCUCGCUAAAGAGCAGAGGCCUUAAGGGUCCAAUAUAAGAAUGUAUUAUUAAAUAUAUGCUACCAUUUUUUUUUUUAAUUUUUUUUUUAUCUUUAAUUCUUAUAUAUAUAUAUUGUAUAAUAUAUAGAGUAGUUUUAAGGUGGUCUUGGUUUUGCUGUGUAUGUUAAGUAUACAUACUAAAAUCGAUGAUUUUAAAAAAAUAUCGAUUUUUAUCGGUUUGUAUCUGUAUCAUAAAAUAUCAUUUUAUA